GGGCCGCGGAGACGGCGGGGACGGUGCGCAGAUGGCUCCGGGGAAGCGAGGCAAGGCCAAAGGGCAGACGCCGCCGCCCGCCGUCGCCGACGCCGGCGGAGACGGGUUCCCGGGCUGCCUCCGGUUGAUGCCGCCGUCGACCGUCGCCAUCUCGAUCCACGCCAAGCCUGGCUCCAAGGUCGCCACCAUCACAGAGAUCGGGGACGAAGCGGUUGGUGUCCAGAUCGACGCACCAGCGAGGGAUGGCGAGGCCAACGCCGCGCUUGUCGACUUCAUCAGCUCGGUGCUUGGGGUGAAGAGAAGAGAGGUAUCUAUUGGCUCUGGCUCUAAAUCAAGGGAAAAGGUUGUGCUUGUACAAGAUGCUACUCUUCAACGUGUCUACGAUGCUCUGAAGAAGUCCUGUAAUUGUUGAUGAUGUGUGUAUGCUAAACCUGAUAUUACUUGAAUGGGCAUGAGCUAAACUAGUGAGUGGCCUGGCCUUUGUAAUAACACAUUUGCGCUGCUAAUGUAUGUAUCUUGCUAGUUUCUGGUGAGUGGUCAUCUUCACCCUUGCAAGAUACGGGAAGUUUUAGCAUGGGGGGUGAUGGCUUGAAUGAAGAGGAAACCGAACUGGAUGAUGUCUUCCUUC